CCACAACAGUGAGACGCACAUGUUUUUGUCAAAAAUAUACAUAUUUUUGGCAAUAUAUUUACUUUGUGUGUUCAUGUCGUACAGAUACAAGUUUCUGAGUAUCUGAUUCACUACUCUGUUCCAUUAGAAAGGCUAUUGCUGCAGGCUAUAGGCUGAUUAGCCAGAAUGGGUCUAACAAAGCAGUAUCUGCGAUAUGCUGCCGGUUCUGUCUUCAAUGUUGUCGGAAGCCAGAAGUCAAAUAUUGUCUAUCUGGAGGUGCAAGGUGUCAAGGGAAAAUACUGUGCAGUCGGAGCCUGUGAGAAUGUUAUUGUAUGGGACUUGAGAACUGGAGACAGGCACUUAUUUCUCCAGGGAGGGAAGCACGAGGUCACUGCACUUGGCAAGAGUCCAGAUAAACGAUCAAUAGCUGUCGGGUAUAAUGAUGGUACAGUCAUUGUGUUCAGUCUGCUCACAGGAGAUGCUCAAGUCACUUUCCAUGGCCACAAGUCAUGUUUGACUGCGCUACAGUUUGAUCACACUGGAGUUAGACUAGUCUCUGGUUCUAAGGAUACAGAUAUUAUCAUUUGGGACGUCAUCAACGAAUCUGGUCUGUACCGAUUGAAAGGUCACAAAGAUCAAAUCACACAGGCACGGUUCAUGAGGGGCAGAGAUAUACUUGUUACAAGCUCUAAAGACACAUUUAUCAAGUUCUGGGACCUUGAAACCCAACAUUGCUUCAAAACCUUGGUUGGUCAGAGGACGGAGGUGUGGGACUUCAUCUUGUCCUGUGACAACUCUCGCCUGAUCACAGGCUCAGGGGACAACGAGAUAAGAGUGUGGAGCAUCAGUUAUGGGCCAGAGGCCGGGGAUGCGGAGGAUCCUGCAAGUAAGAGGAUGCGACUUGAAGCGGGGGAGGAGGAGGAGGAGGAAACGGACAUUCUCUCCUGUAAAAAGAUUGGCUCAGUCAUACGUCGUGGAAAAAAUAGGGUGGUUUCUAUGACAACAGAUGCCAGUGGCACGUUGCUCGGCCUUCAUGGUAAUGAUACCGUGCUUGAACUGCUUAAAGUAGAAACGGAAGUGCAAGUACAAAGAAGAAUACAGAAACGACAAAAAAAAGCACGAAAGAGAAUGAGAGAUUCUGGUGCACCCGAGGAGGUCACGGUCAGUCGAACAGUUGAUGAUGAACUGCUGCGUCUGUGCGAGACAAGGAUAAAGGGAAAAAUCAGAUCAUUCGAUAUUUUGAAGGAUGGAAACCAUGCGAAGAUUGUGGUCCUGCUGACCUGUAACACAAUUGAACAGUUCUCAGUCGACUUGAGUGAGAAGAAACCGCAGUGUGAAUCACUGGGAUCACUCACCAUGCCUGGUCACAAAACAGACGUGCGGACGGUAGCAUUUAGUUCAGAUAACACUGCUUUCUUAUCUGCCAGUGGAGAAGCGGUCAAAAUCUGGAAUAGGUCCUCACAGCAUUGUAUUCGUACCAUGGCCUGUAGCUAUGCUCUGUCCUCGCUGUUUGCUCCUGGAGACAGACAUGUUGUGGUCGGUACUAAGGAUGGGAAACUGCAGAUCUUGGACAUUGCCUCUGGGAUGUUGUCUGAAGAGAUUGUGGCUCAUUCUGGUGCUAUCUGGACAAUGUGUAUGAGUCCAGACAAGCGAGGUAUUGUAACUGGUAGUGCUGAUCAGGAAGUGAAGUUCUGGGAUUUUGAACUUGUCGCAGAAAGUGAAUAUUCUAGUCGGAAAAGAUUGACACUGGUGCAUUCGCGGACGUUAAAGAUGUCAGAUGAUGUCCUGUGCGUCCGCUUCAGUCCUGACCAGCGUCUGUUGGCGAUAUCCCUCCUAGACAACACAGUUAAAGUGUUCUUCUCUGACACACUCAAGUUCUUCCUCUCCCUGUACGGCCACAAGUUACCCGUCUUAUGUAUGGAUAUCUCCUCAGACAGUCAGUUACUAGUGACAGGAUCAGCUGACAGGAACGUCAAACUCUGGGGACUUGAUUUUGGUGACUGUCACAAGUCAAUGUUUGCUCAUGACGACAGCAUCAUGUGCGUUCAGUUUGUAGCCAAGACGCAUCUCUUCUUCACAUGUGGAAAGGACAAGAAGUUAAAGCAAUGGGAUGGAGACAAGUUUGAACACAUUCUUACUCUGGAGGGCCAUCAUGCUGAGAUUUGGUGUUUGGCUGUCAGUCCUAGUGGUAACUUUGUCCUGACUGGCUCACAUGACCGAUCGUUACGCAUUUGGGAGAAGACAACGGAACCAUUGAUUCUGGACGAAGAGAAGGAAAUACAAAGAGAGAAGGAACAUGAUGAUGCCAUUGGAGAUGGCGAGCAGCCAGUGGUUCCUGGGGAAGCCAACACGGAAGUCGGCAUCGCUGGGAAGAAAACUGUAGAGACUGUCAAGGCUGCUGAGAGGAUAAUGGAAGCGCUCGAGCUCUACAAGGAGGAGGAAGCCAAGCUGGAGCAGCAUGAGGCAGAGUGCAAGGCCAAGGGCAAGGAGCUCCCCCCACCACCACUCCAUAUGAUGUUGGUGGCAUUCAGAGCUUCAACACCUAAGGAGUAUGUCAUGAACGUUUUAAAAAGAGUUAAAUCAAGUGAGUUGGAAGAAUCAUUGUUAGUGCUGCCAUUUUCCUAUGUGAUAGACCUGCUCGCACUACUUGAUGACUUCCUAGCGUCGCACUGGGAAACGGAACUCUGCUGUAGAUGUUUGUUCUUUUUAUUAAGAAUUCACCAUGGUCAGAUCACAUCGAAUCAAACACUAAUGCCAGUCCUUGAGCGAUUACAGUCACAGACAUCUAACAGGGUGCAUGAGAUAAGGGAGCGGAUAGGUUUCAACAUGGCUGGCCUCCACUUUCUGAAGAAGCAAGUGGAAGCCAAGGAGGAGGUGAUGCUGUUUGCUGAUGCGACGGGGAACUUCAAGGCCAAGAAGAAGAAAGAGAAGAAGAAGGCUUUACUCACGAUUAAAACUUAGAGACGAACCUACAUGUACUCUUGCAUAUCAAGAAGAACUAGGACUACUAUGAGACUUCUUGUUGUGGCUCUGUUAAUGUUUACCUUAUAUGAAUGACAAUAAA